AUGGGCUCGUCUCUCAGUGAGCCCUGCAUCUAUGAUAAGCUGUCAGAGAGCAUCGACAUCCUCAUCAGACGCCGUCACACACAUCAGACACAAUCAGACGCCAUCAGACACAAUCAGACGCCAUCAGACAACAUCAGACACAGUCAGACAACAUCAGACGCCGUCAGACACAAUCAGACGCCGUCAGACAACAUCAGACGCCAUCAGACAACAUCAGACGCCAUCAGACACCGUCAGACGCCAUCAGACACCAUCAGACACCGUCAGACACAAUCAGACACAGUCACACACAAUCAGACGCCAUCACACAAUCAGACGCCAUCAGACGCCAUCAGACACAAUCAGACGCCUGUAACUCGUGUUACUUGUAAUGCAUUACCCCCAACACUGUCCACACGCUCUCCACACGCGUCCAUCUCAACAUGCCUGUGUGUGUGUGUGUGGGCAGGGUUUCACGAGUGGUGGGCAUCUGGUGCGCCGCAGACGCCGCAGGUGAACUGCUCGGCCUGCGCAGAUGUGACUGCGGUGCUAGAGCUGAGAGUGUCUGCGGCGAUCGACAGACACACACAGCCACUGCUGCUCAAGGGCGGAGAGUCUCUGUCUCGCCGUGUGUCUCACCUGGAGCAGUUCUCACAGCCGCAGACGCUCACAGCAACACCGGCCAACUUCACCCUGCUCUGGAGUUUCUCGUCUAGUCCCAGAGAGACGCUUCUCCAGUGGUUGUUUCCUGACACUGAGCUCUGCCCUCUGCUGGAGAACACAGGAACAACACUGCAGUGCUGCCAACUGAGCGACAGCACCAGCGUUCAACACACGCGUGUGCAGGUGUUGGGUUGGCUGGUGGUGGCUGAAGGCUCUCCGUGGGUUCGUGUUCUUCCGAUCCAGCGAUGCCAAACACACUGCCGCUCCUUCAGUCUGUGGCUGGAGCCGGGAGACAUGGUGUUGGCGGAUCCGCGCUACUGGCUGCUGGAGCUCUUUGCGUCUGGAGCUCAGAGAGUGCUGUGUGACGGCCCUGUGCUCUGAGAACAUCGUUCAGGAAGUGACAUCAGCACUCGGUUUCUCUUUCUUCAGACGGCGGUGUUUCUGCUGAGCUGCUGGGAUCUUCGGCUCCGGCGAUGUUUUCUGAUCCUCCCGCCAGACGCUCGCAAACUUCAAAGAAACUGUAUUUUGUUGAAAGAAAAUCAAACCUAUUUUAAGGAUAUUUUAGUACGUCUUGACAUUGUUUUCAUGACCAUUAAGCGCAUUUCGUCUACAAAUUACUGGGAUGCAAAAAACUAAAAAUCUCAUUACUGUAAACAAAAAAAUUCUCAUUACUGUUACAAUACAAUUAAUUGAUGUUAAUAUAUAAAGUAAACUAAAUUAUUUUUACAUUUUAUGGUAGUAUUUGUUGUACUGACUGAAUUUAAAUAAAUAAGAAUACUAUUUCUGUAAUACAGUGUUGAGAACAAUAUUUUUUUGGGGAAAACAUUUUUAUGGUUAAAAAAAAAAAAGUGUAACGGUAAUGAGAAUAAAUAUAACUGAUAUAAU